AUGGAUUUCAACAGCGGCUCGCCCUACCCCGAGGGCGUCAUCUCGUUUUUGGACACAGAUCUCUACAAACUGACGAUGCAAUGCGCCGUACUCAAGUACUACAAGGACGUCCCAGUCACGUACGCCUACACCAACCGGACGCCCGAGAAGAAGCUCUCCCGCAAGGCUUUCCUCUGGCUGGAGGACCAAGUCAGGAAGCUUGGCAACAUCUCUCUGUCCGCCGAGGAGCACCAGUACCUGAAAGAGCAUUGCCCUUAUCUAUCGCCGGCCUACCUGGAGUACCUCUCCGAGUUCCGUCUCCGACCUAGGGACCAGGUAGCCAUCACAUUCUCGCCCGUGGGCGGUGACACUGGCGCCGAGACCGACCUCGGCGAUCUGGAUAUCAAGAUCAGUGGCACCUGGGCUGAGACGAUUCUCUACGAAAUCCCGCUUCUCGCAUUGACUUCCGAGGCAUACUUCAAGUUCAUGGAGCCUGACUGGACGUACGAUGGGCAAGAGGACCGCGCGUUUGAGAAGGGCAUGCGGCUGCUCGAGGCCGGGUGCGUCUUUUCCGAGUUUGGCACUCGUAGGAGACGAGACUACCACACGCAGGCAUUGGUGUUCAGGGGUCUCACCAGGGCCAGCAAAGAGGCAGCAAAACGCGGCUUCUCUGGGAAGCUCUCGGGAACCAGCAAUGUCCACCUCGCCAUGCGCUUCAAUAUUCCGCCUGUCGGGACAGUCGCGCACGAGUGGUUCAUGGGUGCCGCUGCCAUUACUGGCGACUACCGGGUUGCAACCGAGGAGGCGCUGUGCCGGUGGGUCGGCUGCUUCGGAGAGGGUGUCCUCGGCAUCGCUCUGACUGAUACCUUUGGAACCCCGGAGUUCCUCAAGGCGUUCAGCAAGCCGAUUAGGUAUCUAGAGGAGCCGCCGCCCGUGACGGACAGGAAGCCGAGCAUUGCUGAUUCGUUCAUCUCGGCGUCCGGCUCAGUGGGCCAGAUCAAAAAGCCCAACAAGACCUAUGCAGAAGUCUUUACGGGCGUUCGGCAGGAUUCAGGAGACCCAAAGAGUUUCGUCGAACUCAUCCGCAAGUUUUACAACGAGCAAGGAAUCCACGACAAGAAAGUCAUUGUCUUCUCGGAUUCACUCAACAUUGAUAAGUGCUUGGAAUACAAAAAAGUCUCUGAAGAAGCCGGCUUCCAGCCGACAUUUGGCGUUGGCACUUUUUUCACAAACGAUUUCGUGAACACGAAAACUGGCAAAAAGUCGACGCCUCUGAAUAUUGUCAUCAAACUCAGCUCGGCAGCAGGUCACCCAGCCAUCAAGAUUAGUGACAAUAUCGGAAAGAACACUGGAGACAAGGCCACGGUCGAGAAGGUCAAACGAGAGCUGGGAUACGUCGAGAAGGCAUGGGAAGAAGGGGACGAGACAGCCAGAUGGGGUCGGGAAGAUGAUACCGCCAAAUCAUAA